AUGGGUGUUCGCCCUAUCAUUCGCAGGGCCCGUGUGGUCUUUCGCCGUAUGUCGGCCGAUGAGAAUGACGACAUCUCGCUAGACCAGCCUGCAGACAAUUCGGAUUCUAAAGUUCGUCCUACUCGGAGUUAUACCAGUUCUGCGGCGUGCGGGGAGAUACCGGAUGGAAGUGCCCAGCAUGGUGUUCAAGAUGUGGAGGCUGUCACCAUGACUUGGUCGAAGAAGACCUUGAUCGCGGUUUUUAUCAACAUUUGGUUCUUAUACUUUGCAAAUGCGUUUCAGUCAACGGUUACAGCAACUCUCAACCCCUAUGUGACAAGUUCCUUCCAGAAACACUCGUUAUCGGCAGUCCCCACUGCGCUUGGCGAUGCGUUCGCUGCUGCUACAUACCUGCCUGUGGCUAAGAUGAUGGAUGUGUGGGGUCGUGCCGAAGGCUUCCUGCUGAUGGUCAUUUGCGCCACAAUUGGACUCACACUCAUGGCAACAUGCCACAGUUUUGAAAUUUAUUGUGCAGCCAAUGUCUUCUAUUAUGCUGGCUUUUACGGCAUGGAAUACGCGGUCGAUGUCGUGACAGCUGAUGUUUCGACUUUGCGGAAUCGUGCCUUCGCCUACGCUUUCACCUCCUCGCCAUACAUUAUCACUGCCUUUGCGGGUCCAAAGGUCGCGGAGCAGUUCUACUAUGACAUUUCCUGGAGGUGGGGCUUUGGUUGCUGGGCAAUCAUCAUGCCUGUCUUCGCAGCACCCCUAUAUGCCAUGCUGAAAUGGAAUCUCCACAAAGCGGAGGAAGAAGGGUACCGCAUCAAGAGGCCCAGUGGGCGCACAAUCUGGGAGAGCAUUUGUCAUUGGACUAUUGAGUUUGACGUCAUGGGCGUGUUCGUGUUCACAGCAGGUCUCGUGCUAUUUGAGCUCCCAUUCGACAUCGCUGAUUAUGCCCCCGAGGGUUGGGCUUCACCUUACAUUAUUGCAAUGCUGGUUGUUGGAUUUUGCACUCUAUUCUUCUUCGCAAUUUGGGAACGCUGGCUGGCUCCCGUCCCUCUUUUCGAAUGGCGCCUCCUCACAAAUCGGACGAUCAUCGGUGCCGUUCUACUGGAUGCGACCUACCAACUCUCAAAUUAUUGCUGGAGCUAUUAUUUUACGUCUUGGCUACAAGUGAACAAUGACCUCAGCAUCACCACCUCGAAUUACAUUGUGAACAUCUUCGACAUGGUCUCAGGUGUGCUUCUUCUUUUCACCGGUUGGCUGAUCCGCAGAGUUGGCCGUUUCAAGUGGACCCUAUACAUUGCCGUCCCACUUUACAUUCUUGCCCAAGGCUUGAUGAUUUACUUCCGUCGGCCAAACAUGAACGUCGGCUACCAAGUGAUGUGCCAAAUUUUCCUUGCCAUCAGUGGGUCGACCUUCAUUUUGGUUGAGCAACUGGCCAUUUUGGCAGCUGUCGAUCAUCAGCAUGUGGCUACCGCUCUUGCGCUAUUGAACGUUGUCGGCACUAUUGGUGACAGUGCGGGUCUCACCAUCAGCACCGUCAUAUGGCAGAAUACCUACCUGAAGGCUCUGAGAGGCUACCUUCCCGAAUCGGCAUUGCCGGACUUGAAUAAAAUCUACGAAGACCUCGUCACACAACGGAGUUACCCUGUUGGAAGCCCCACCAGGGAGGCUAUUCAGAAUGCCUACGCUUAUUCCGAGCUUAGACUUCUUUCGGUCGGGUGUGGUAUCAUUGUCCUCGCGAUCCCCUGGACAAUGCUCAUGAGGGACAUUGAUUUGAGAAGAAAGCCUCAAGUUCGUGGCACGGUUUUCUGA